AAUGGGGCAUCAACCGUUUGUUGCUAUAAAAGACGAGAAUAGCGCAUCCAAUCUCCAAAGACAAGCAAAGAUUAUGAGUUUUCUCACCCCACUUUGCUUCCUCUCUCUGUUUCUAUCUAUCUUCCCGUCCUUGACGUCUUCUACCUUAUUAUUUCAGGGGUUCAACUGGGAAUCAUGUAAUAAGGCUGGUGGUUGGUACAAUUCCUUGAAGAGUUCCCUUCCUGAUCUUGCUAAUGCUGGAAUUACUCAUGUCUGGCUUCCUCCACCAUCUCAGUCUGUUGCACCCCAAGGGUAUAUGCCAGGAAAGUUGUAUGACCUUAACGCCUCAAAAUAUGGAUCUCAGGAAGAAUUAAAAUCAUUAAUUGACGCUUUUCAUCAGAAGGGCAUUAAAUGCCUAGCAGACAUAGUAAUAAAUCACAGAACUGCAGCGAAGCAAGACGAGAGGGGAAUAUGGUGCAUUUUUGAAGGUGGAACUUCAGACGACCGUCUGGACUGGGGGCCAUCCUUCAUUUGCCGUGAUGACACUGCAUAUUCCAAUGGCCAAGGGAAUCUUGAUAGUGGAGAGGACUUUAAUGGUGCUCCUGAUAUUGAUCAUCUUAAUCAAAGGGUACAAAAAGAGUUAUCUGAUUGGAUGAACUGGUUAAAGACUGAAAUUGGAUUUGAUGGAUGGCGUUUUGAUUUCGUAAAAGGUUAUGCCCCAAAUAUUACCAAAGUUUAUAUGGAACAAACCAAGCCAGAUUUUGCUGUCGGUGAGAAAUGGGAUUCUCUUUCGUAUGGACAGGAUGGAAAACCUGAUGCUAACCAGGACGCACACCGUGGUGCAUUAAAAGAUUGGAUUCAAGCUGCUGGUGGGGUUGUCACUGCUUUUGACUUCACAACCAAGGGUAUUCUUCAAGCUGCCGUGCAAGGGGAGUUGUGGAGGUUGAAGGAUUCAAACGGCAAAUCGCCAGGAUUGAUUGGAAUUUUGCCAAAAAAUGCGGUGACUUUUAUUGACAAUCAUGACACCGGGUCAACUCAAAAACUUUGGCCAUUUCCAUCCGAUAAAGUCAUGCUUGGAUAUGCUUACAUUCUCACACAUCCUGGCAUCCCAUCAAUAUUUUAUGACCACUUCUUUGACUGGGGUCUAAAGGAGGGUAUUAGCAAAUUGGCUGCAAUCAGAACCAAUAAUGGAAUCAAUACAGCAAGCACAGUUAAUAUUUUAGCCUCUGAUUCUGAUCUCUACGUGGCUGCAAUUGAUGACAAAAUCAUUGUGAAAAUUGGACCAAAGAUGGAUCUUGGAAAUCUUAUUCCUUCCAACUUCCAAGUCUCUACCUCCGGUACAGACUACGCUGUCUGGGAGAAAAAAUGAAAAAAAGAAAAA